UUUAAAGCUCUUUAAUAAUAAUAAUUUCCACCCCCAGAUUUAUUUAUGUUUUGAAUUGUUUCAACAAUAUGUCAAUAGGAUAUUAACUAUGUCUUUGAUUGACACUCUACUCAGAGAUCUUCUUUUUAUACCUAGUCAUCAUCAAAGGAACAUUUCAAAAUCGAGAGCUAUAUGUUUGGUACAUAAUGAUUGGAUACAGUCUGUUAGACAGAAGAAUUUACAUGAUAUAAAAUGGACUAGAGACAUUGGGAGAGAUGAUGCCGCUCUUCUUCUUGCUCCCUCACACCAGAAAUUACCUAGAAACUGGAACAGAGUUUGUAUCAAAGUCAUAAAGAAAUCAGAUGCUCAUUGUAAAAGGUUAUUUAAUGGACCAUUCUAUAAUGCCACACCCGUAUCUACAUGCAUGGAGCAUCUUGUACAGAAUGCAAGGGAAAAUUUCCGCAAUCUGUGGACGUCAGCACAUGUUACAUACAGUAAUGAAGAUGUGGACAUGUUGCAUAGAGCUGAAGAUCAGUUUUCCAAUGUUGUGCAGACAUACUUACAGAGGAUGAAUCCCAAUAUAUACAUAACCAUUCCAGACAAUAGAGAAGAUCAUGUCUUUUCUAAGCAGUUGUCUUGUCUCCAUGGUAACAAUACCAUUCCAAUACUAGCUGUGAUAGAGACUGUGUCAGUGUUUUUUGUUGUUCAGCCAUACAUACCAUGUUGUUUGAGAGACAUUGUGUGUUACAGUCCAGCUAUAUUUGACACAUCACAUGCCAAAUCAUUAUUUGUGUUGUACCAGAUUCUACAGGCCAUGACUGAUUACCACAAGUUAGGACUGAGAGCUGGUGUAUUAAACCUACAGAAUAUUCGGGUAGAUGAUAAACUCUGGGUUCAUUGUACCAGUGUCCAGCUGUCGCAUUUAAUGAACGAUACAGUGCGCAAUAACAUAUCUACAAGUAACUCAUCAACUUCAGUAUUAAACAUUGAAGACAACGAGAAACCGUGCACUAGAACACUUACAGAUUCUAACUCUAGCCCAUUUAAAAGCAUAUCUGAAUGUUCUAUUGAGGAUAGUUUUAGGCAAACAAGGAGCAUUUCAAGAUUGAGUGAUUGUGAGAAUUAUCUUGACGAUGCUAGUGAUGUAAUGAAUCAGUUCCAAUUCCUUGAUAUACCGCUGGAGAGCUUAGCUAAACUGACAGAAGAUUGGGUCCAUCAUAGGAUAAAUAACUUUAAAUACCUCAUGUACCUAAACCAUCUAGCCGGUAGAAGACUCGGGGAUCCUAACCAUCAUCCCGUACUUCCUUGGGUCAUGGACUUUACAAGCUCUCACUCAGGGUUACGCAAUCUUUCUAUGUCCAAAUUUAGAAUCAAUAAAGGUGAUAGCCAGUUAGAUUUUACAUUUGAAGCUAUGGCUGAAUUAGGGGAUGACGGUGAACAUAUUCCACAUCAUGUGUCGGACGUUUUGUCUGAUAUUACAUACUAUGUAUAUAAAUCACGUAAAACACCAAAACAUCUACUAUGUUCAUAUGUUAGAACUAAAUGGGUGCCAAAUGAAUAUCCACAAAACAUUGAAAGAUUAUAUCAGUGGACACCAGAUGAAUGUAUCCCAGAAUUCUUCACUGAUCCCACCAUCUUCUCCUCCAUCCAUGAAGAUCUUCCUGACCUUGAACUUCCAAAUUGGUGUACGUCUGCUCCAGAAUUUGUAGAAAAACACAUGGCAAUGUUAGAGAGUGAACAGGUUUCUAUCAACUUAAACAACUGGAUAGAUCUUACAUUUGGGUAUAAACUAAGUGGAUCAUCAGCGGUGAAGUCUAAGAAUGUGUACCUGCAGCUUGUUGAUCAGCAUAAUAACCUGACAAACCAUGGAGUCGUACAACUGUUCUCCCAUCCCCACCCUCACAGACUUUCAUCUGACAAAACUCUUUCCCUCUUACCUGUCAGGGUUAAACAAACAGAGCUGAUGCCAGGUGGACAAACAAGUGAAAGAGAUGCUGUUCAGACAGAAUCCCCUAAGAUCAAGCUUCCAGUUGACUUUGAUCCCACAGCAGUUCUUGAUCAUUUUGAAGCUUUACAUUCAUUUGCAAGUGAAACCACAGAAUGUCUUCCACCUUCUACACAAAAAGAAAAGGUAAAACAAACUUAA